AUGAGUGUUAUUAUUCGAUUAAAUCGUUCAUCAUUAUGUGCUCAUCAUACAAGCUUGAAAACGGCUCAUCGUACAAUAUUAAACAAUCGAGAUUGGCGUCCCGGUCAUUUCAUACCAAAAACGGAUGAAGAAAUAGCUGCUGUUGCUAAAAAGUAUAAUAUGAUACCAGAAGAUUAUAAACCAUUGGAUCCAAAACAUUCUGGUGGUGAUAUGCCGGACAUUACACCAGUUCAAUAUGUAGAUCGUAGUCCAUGGGAAGAUUGGGAUUAUCCAAAUACUCGUCAACACUAUAACGAGCCCAAACAUCGUUAUGAAGGUGUCAGAUGGGAUCGUUAUCGGAUUUAUUAUGAUCCAAACAAAUUACCUUAUAAACCAUGGCAAAAACCGUUUUUACUGAUGGUAUUACCAGCGACUUUCUAUAUUAUUCAUUGCCUUUUUGGUGAUAUUAAAUGGCCAUACUAUCCAUCGUUUGAUCCACAAAGAGUUGAAGAAAACGCCGUACAUUAUACAUUUGAAAAACCAACUGCGGAAAGUAGAGAAAUUCUUCGUUAA